CAGCCCCGGUUCCCAGACGGGAUGUUCGUCUUGGUGGAGAUGGUGGACACCGUGCGGAUCCCCCCGUGGCAGUUUGAGAGGAAGCUCAAUGACUCCAUCGCUGAGGAGCUGAACAAGAAGUUGGCCAAUAAGGUUGUGUACAACGUGGGACUCUGCAUCUGUCUGUUUGACAUCACCAAGCUGGAGGAUGCCUAUGUGUUCCCCGGGGACGGCGCAUCACACACCAAGGUGCAUUUCCGCUAUGUGGUGUUCCAUCCAUUCCUGGAUGAGAUUCUGAUUGGGAAGAUCAAAGGCUGCAGCCCGGAGGGAGUGCACGUCUCUCUAGGGUUCUUUGAUGACAUUCUCAUCCCCCCGGAGUCACUGCAGCAGCCAGCCAAGUUUGAUGACACAGAGCAGGUGUGGGUGUGGGAGUACGAGACGGAGGAAGGCGCACAUGACCUGUACAUGGACACUGGCGAGGAGAUCCGCUUCCGGGUGGUGGAUGAGAGCUUUGUGGACACGUCCCCCACGGGGCCCAGCUCGGCCGAGGCCACCUCCUCCAGUGAAGAGCUGCCAAAGAAGGAGGCUCCAUACACGCUUGUGGGAUCCAUCAGCGAGCCGGGCCUGGGCCUUCUCUCCUGGUGGACCAGCAACUAGCCUGCAGCUCGGACCUCCUAGCAGACCCCACCCCAGCCCUCAGUGGGGUGGUGCAGCCACUGUGGAGACGGUAGCCAUGGAGGCAGGAGUGGAGAAGGUGUCUCUGCUUGCUGGAGCUGGACGGGGUGGGAGCCAGGAGUCCCCUACCAUCCUGGCCCUGCUCCUUCUCCUGGAGCUACCCUGGGAGUCCUGCUGUCCCCAAGGACUUCAGGCUUUCAGUGACAGCAAAGACAUUUAAUAAAUAAUGGCAGUUUCAGUAGGGAAGGGACAGUCAAUGUAAUGAU